GAUUUUCUUAAUCAGGACAUUGUCUGGCUAGCUGCUUGUCUCUCUCCUCCUGGACUUGCACGGCGAAUCCUUUCUUUAUCCUGCUCCUGCUCGGCAGCCGGCAGCGUGAGGCCGCCGUUGCCUUCAUCCGUCAUCCAUGGCGCAGCCGCUCUCCUCUUCCUCCUCCCAGGAUGCUUCCAAUUCCGAAACAGAACACAGGGUAGUGAUAACCAACAAGCAUGGAGAGGAACUUGUGGGGCUGCUGAAUCCCGUGGGUUCUAACGAGAUUGUAGUCUUAUGCCAUGGCUUUACAGGCUCCAAGAAUGUUAGCAUGAUUGUUGAUCUUGCAGAUGCAUUAACAAAGCAAGGGAUUGGCAUCUUUCGCUUUGAUUUCAGUGGAAAUGGAGAAAGUGGAGGCGAAUUUCAGUACGCCAACUACAGGAAAGAGGCUGACGACUUGCAUUCGGUUGUCUUGUAUCUUCAUCAGGAGAAGUAUGAUGUGAAAGCUGUUGUUGGUCAUAGUAAAGGAGGAUAUGUCGUCGUUCUGUAUGCUUCGCUAUAUCACGAUGUCCACAUGGUUCUUAACCUGUCUGGCCGAUUUUACAUGGAGAAAGGCGUUGAAGAACGCCUAGGGAAAGGAUUUAUUGACAGAAUAAAUAAAGAAGGUUACAUUGAAGUCACAGACGAGUCAGGAAAGGUUUUAUACAGGGUAACAAAAGAGAGUUUGAUGGAACGACUGAACACUGAUAUGCGUGCAGCAAGCGCCUCCAUCAGCAAAGAAUGCAGCUUCUUCACAGUCCACGGCUCAGCUGAUGUCGACAUUCCGCUGGAAGAUGCAUACGAGUUUGGCAAGCAUAUACCGACCCACGAGCUCCGUGUCAUCGAGGGAGCAGAUCACUGCUACACGGCGCAUCGUAAAGAACUGUCCGAUGCUGUGGUGGAUAUCAUUACAUACAACAAGGCAGAGGCAGGGGAUAGCUCGUUACCAAAACGAUGAGUGAUUUCUGACACUCACUCCGAUUCAUAUAAUUAGUUGUCGAAAUAUUACAUGUAUCUACGUUUUUAUGCAUAGAUGCAGUCAUAUUUAGACAAAUUUGAGACAAUUAAUGAAUCGGAGGGACCAGUAGAUUGCUGUGACGACGAUCAGGGCGCUGAUGCUGAUGGUGCCGCCGGCGACGGCCCUGACAUGGGCAUGUGCUUGGGACGGUUAAUUUCCUCGUUGCUGUACACAUAUCUGUGCUGAAUAAACUUGUACACAUGUAUCUACACAAUAUAUACUGCGAUAACUAAUUUGGAUUUUAAGAAGUACCCCCUCCAUCUCAUAUUAAGUGAGUUAAAAUUUGAUCAAAUAUGAAUGUGUCAUACCCAAAAAGUGUCUACAUACAUGUAACAUUCUCCUCCCUUCACUCUCCUUGUAAAGUCUCGGUUGUUUCAAAUAAAAUUGUGCAGGCUGACUUUCGUCCGUCGUAGUUCGGAUAAAAAAAAAUCGUCACUUAAUAUGAGACGGAGGGAGUAGUAAAAAUUCAAUCAGAAACGCUCCAUUUUGUUACAGGGUGCAAUUGACAUUGUCGUUUGCUCAAUA